AAGACCCUCUAUGAACCGGCAUUGAAAUACUUUCCAUCGUACAUGAGGAUUUAAUACGGGUUAUUUGAUGCCUGAUGCAGUUAGUUAUUCUCCUGUAAGGACGAACAAGAGCCCAAAUAUCACAGCAAGGCCUGCGUGCCGACAUGCCUUUGGUGGGUAAGAAUAGCCCCACAAUGGAGCUCACAUCUCUCGUCUUCUGUUGUCUGAGAACAGUUGUUCUCAGGACGGAGGAAGAGGUAUAGGAAGCCAAGUUGGUGGUCACUCGUGAGUCUUGCCGUUGCGGAUUACACCGGACCUGGUAUAAAAGUACCUGAACAGGAUUUUGAGUGCUUGUAAAUGGGGUUUAUUUUUAAUGCCUGCUUGGACUGAGUUUAAUACAGUCUGUAAAACUCUUUUUCUUGUGUGGAAUCAAGUGGGCUGUUCUUUGACCAGCGAGAUAUUCUGUGGUAUACUCUGUGGUUUGGAGGCAUACAUCUGCUUGCAUGGCUAAACUGGCUGCAUCAGGCAUGAUAUUCAUAACACUGAACCACAACAUCACCCUCACAGGGAAAACAUGGCUCAUCCUGGUGGUAUUCCUAAGGAUCCCUGUUUUGCUGUUUGCUGGUUAUCCCCUCUACCAGGAUGAGCAGGAGCGAUUUGUGUGUAACACCAUUCAGCCUGGUUGUGCCAAUGUGUGCUAUGACAUAUUUGCCCCUCUUUCCCUUUUCCGAUUCUGGCUGGUGCAGCUCACCACCCUGUGCCUUCCCUACAUGAUGUUUGUCAUCUAUGUGAUCCACAAAGUGAGUUCUGGCAUAGCUGCUGAUAGCGGACCUUCUGAGUCCAUAAAAGCAGACUAUCAAGAAUCGUUCGGGAAAGCAUCUCUUUGCAAGACCGUUGUGAAGGCUGAGAAGGGGCGAGUGCAGUACUUCACAGGAGCCUACAUCUUGCAUCUGUUGCUUCGGAUACUUGUAGAAGCUGGAUUUGGAGCUGCCCAUUAUUACUUGUUUGGCUUCCACAUCCCCAGACGCUUCAUGUGUCAGCAGACACCCUGCACAACCACAGUGGACUGCUACAUCUCUAGACCCACUGAGAAAACCAUCCUGCUGAACUUCAUGUUGGGGGCAGCUGCUUUGUCCUUGCUGCUAAACAUGUGCGACUUUAUCUGUGCCAUCAAGCGCUCCUUGAGGCAAAAAAGCAAAAGAAAGAUGCUGGUGGAGAAGAUGUACGCAGAGGAGCAGUACUACUUGUCAGGGAAUGGGAAUCAAGGUGUGGAUGUCAGCAUCCCGCCAACUCAAGACAUGAAGGGACCGGGAGGGUUCCGCAAAAGAGGGACCAGAAACUCGAGUGGCGAUGAAGCUGCUUCUGUGCUUUUGGAGGACGACCCUCCACCACCCUUACCUCUUGGAGGAAUGUCUACAAUUUCUGGAAUGCCUGGUUCCAACAACAAUGAUGAUAGCAGCAGCUACCAACCCACCCAAGAAGAGGGGAUGGUAAGAGAGGGCAGUGAAGUGGCACUGUACCCCACUGAGCCUUUGGGAAGUCCUAAAACCAUCCGAGUUAGCAAACACAGUCGUCUCAAACCUCCGCCCCCUCCACGAAGGGACAAACUAGCUGCUCAAGGUGCAAUUGAUGUCUCGGGAGCAACCGCGGUGUGUACCAGAAGAGUAGGGCAAUAUACUCUGGUAGAAAUGACUACUGGUGAAGACAUACCGACUUGCAGUGGAGAUGGCCAAGAGAAGAGGUCAGAGUGGGUUUGACUGUUACUCCAGAAGACUAUCCAUAUGAAUUUGGCUUCUGGCAUUUUUAGCGUGUAUUCUCAUACAUUGUAAGUUCUGAAGUGGCAUUUCAAACGCACGUAAGUUGCAAAGAAAAGUUGUUUGGAACUUGACUGGAAUAAAUUGCUUGUAGAAGCACGGUGAAAUGUGAGGUAUUAUUAGAAGAUGUCAACGUCAUGGAUACAUGCCAACCAUUGGAUCAACUACGUCUAUCCGCAUCCACCUGCCUCUCUUAUGUUUGUGUUAGCUCUUUCUUUCACCAACCAGACGAGCCUUGACCUGCCUUGACCCUGCUACAAUCAGGGGACAGCUAAGGCCAUUCUAAAAACAGGCCGGUUGCAACCACCCAAGAUCUGUGAGGAUGAAAAGCUAAGACUGACAUACUUUCUGCUUCAACUGGGGUGGCCACCAAAAAAGAACAACCCUGAGGGUACGAAGGUGCUACCUGCUUUAAAGGGCCUCCAAAAUCCUCUAGCCUGCAAAAUCUCAGGGACUGUCAAGUCUCAAUCAACAGCACCCCAUCAGAAAGCAAUUACUGCCCAGACUGCUUUUGUAUUUAAGGAGGUAGCUUGUAAAACUAUUUCAAGGACCCGGUGGACUUUGGUUUGGAGCUUUAGAACAAACAUUUAAAAUAGAGCUCCAUAAUCUGGUGUAACACGAGAGCAAGACAAUGCACGCAUUUCAGACUCUCAGAAGCUAGCCGCAACAUGCAAACGAUUGGACGUGUUAGCUUUGGACAGUCACCUAGACCGCAGUCCUUCUGUCCUCACAAUGUUAGUCAUGUGUCUUAUUAAACACACCAGAGACCUGUCUAUUUAUGU